AUGGACAAUAUUAUAUUCAGCUCGGGUAGGCCGCAGCCGCCGAUGCCGCGACAGCCAAAGCCCAGUCGAUCGCCCGAGUCAGUCAGUCUGAUCAAGACCUUUCUGAGAGCACUACCUAAAGGGGAAGAAGAUUGGGAUGACAAAGCACCACGCACCCAAGAGCAAAUCGAACAAUUGCGUCUAGACCUAACUUUGAGCAAACUCGUGCGCGAAGGACGUGCUAAGAUGAAACGGAAAGCGCUUCUUCAAUCGUUUGCCGAGGAGCAUGCGGCAUUACUUCGUAAUCUAGAAUCACAGAUCCACAGUUUCGUCUUCAUUGCAUUGGGAGACGUUGCGAUCAAAUCGGAUCUUCCGGUGAGGGAGGUCGAUGAGAUGACGAUGGCCUAUACAGGAGCCCAAAGAUCCGCAGUGAGAACCCUACGACUUGGCGUUCGACGGUGGAUCAAAGCUUCAGAUGCAUUGCGUCAGUCGUGGCUUGCCAGAGCGGACGAACUUCCUCUCCGUCGGAAAAGCUUCAUUCACAUAAUGAAGAAAAUUCCAGAUGAAGAUAUUGGAAUCUUGCGUGAGAUGACGGUUGAAGGAGAUCAGGCGGUGCUAGCAGAUGUCAAAGUCUAUAUCCCCAAGAAACAGCUAUCAUCAGGCUCACUCCGUAUACCCAACAUCAUAUACGAGCUUCAUGGCGGCAAACUCAGGUGA